AUGGGUAAAGACGUGGAAAUGAAAGACGCCGAAGUCGAAGACUUUGUCAUUAAGCCUGAAAACAGCAAGGCGGCUCCAGAUACCAGUAAUUGGCCUCUGCUGCUCAAGAACUAUGAUAAGCUUCUGGUGAGAAGCGGCCACUACACUCCCAUUCCAGUCGGCUGCUCACCUCUGAAGCGAGAUCUCAAGUCAUAUAUUGCCUCCGGCAUCAUCAACCUCGACAAGCCCUCUAACCCCAGUAGUCACGAGGUUGUUGCCUGGAUAAAACGUAUUUUGCGUGUCGAGAAGACUGGUCACUCCGGUACUUUGGAUCCUAAGGUCACGGGCUGCCUGAUUGUCUGUAUUGACCGUGCUACGCGUCUCGUCAAGUCCCAGCAGGGUGCUGGUAAGGAGUACGUUUGUAUCGUCCGACUUCACGAAGCUCUUAAGGAUGAGAAGGAUAUGGGCCGUGCCCUUGAGCAGCUUACUGGUGCUCUUUUCCAGCGUCCCCCUCUUAUUUCUGCCGUUAAGCGUCAGCUUCGUGUGCGUACCAUUUACGACUCCAAACUUUUUGAGUUUGAUAACGACCGCCAUCUUGGUGUCUUUUGGGCCUCGUGCGAGGCUGGUACUUAUAUGAGAACUCUGUGUGUUCAUCUGGGUAUGCUUCUUGGUGUUGGUGGCCACAUGCAGGAACUGCGCCGUGUCAGAUCGGGUGCUCUUUCUGAGUCUGACGAUAUGGUUACUCUUCACGAUAUCUUAGAUGCUCAGUGGCUUUAUGACAAUACCAAGGAUGAAUCCUAUCUUAGAAGAUGCAUUAAGCCUCUUGAGACUCUUUUGUUGGGCUACAAGCGUAUUGUUGUCAAGGACUCUGCAGUCAACUCUGUGUGCUAUGGUGCUAAACUUAUGAUUCCCGGUCUGCUCCGCUAUGAAGCUGGCAUUGAGAUGGAUGAUGAGGUUGUUUUGAUUACCACCAAGGGUGAGGCUAUUGCCAUUGGUAUUGCCCAAAUGUCUACUGUUGAUCUUUCUACUUGCGACCAUGGUGUUGUUGCCAAGAUCAAGCGUUGCAUUAUGGAGCGUGACACAUACCCCAGACGUUGGGGUCUUGGUCCUGUUGCUCAACGGAAAAAGCAGCUCAAGACUGAGGGCAAGCUUGAUAAGUUUGGCCGUCCUAAUGAGAACACACCCGACUCGUGGAAGAAGGAGUAUGUUGACCAUACCGCUCCUGCUGACGAGAGUGCUCCUGUCUCUGCCCCUGCUGUUUCUGCCCCCGCUGCUACUCCUUUGAUCAAGGAGAUUAAGGAGGUUAAGGAACCCAAGGAGGAAAAGAAGGAAGAGAAGAAGGAGGAUGAUGAGGAAAAGAAGGAAAAGAAAGAAAAGAAGGAAAAGAAAGAAAAGAAAGAGAAGAAAGAGAAGAAGGAAAAGAAGGAAAAGAAGAGAAAGGGUGAGGAGGAAGACGAGGAGAAGCCCAAGAAGAAGAAAUCUAAGAAGGAUUAA